UACAGUUCUGGUUAUUCCCACACACCAAUGAACGCAACAUAAACAUGGCGACCUCCAUGGGCAUGGUCUCCAGGGUUGGAGCAACUGCUCUGACAGCACUGAAGCCGAUAACAAGGCACUGUUCCCGGCAGAGGAUCAGGGUGUUUAUCCGGUGCUCUCACGGAGCCCGGAGCAGUUUGUACGAUCAUUCCGUUAAAGGGUACAGCGACCUGCCGGAGCUGGACAUGACGGAAGUGUGUGAGCAGACCGAGAAAGUCAUAGCAAAUGUGGAGAACAGGAAGGGAGAGCUCAGAGGAGAAGAUGUCAGGAAGAUAGUGUGUGUGUGGCAGGAGCUGCAGGCGGUGAGGACGGAGAUCUCUGGGCUGGAGCAGCAGAAGGUUCAGAUCGGGGAGUCGGUCAAAGCACUGGUGGCCAAGAGCGACAAGAAGAGCCUCAGCAAUCUUCCAGAAUUCAACCAGGCUCUGCAGAAAGGGAAAGAGGCACGCAAGAGACUGAACCAGCUCUACCCCAAAGAGACGGAGCUGGGCCAGGAGCACUACGGACGAGCUCUGAGACUGCCCAACAGCUCACACCCCGAUGUG